AUGCCCGAAUUCAAUAUCGUUGUCUUUGCGGGCGACUAUGCGGGGCCAGAGGUCACCGCCGAGGCCGUGAAAGUUCUCAAGACGAUCGAGAAGUGCAGGCCCGAUGUCAAAUUCAACUUCCAAGACCAUCUCCUCGGUGGCGCCUCCAUUGAUGCGCACCAGAACCCUCUUACAGACGAAGCCCUUGCUGCCGCCAAAUCCGCACAUGCUGUCCUACUCGGCGCCAUCGGUGGUCCCAAGUACGGCAUCGGCCCCAUCCGCCCCGAACAAGGCCUCCUCCGCCUCCGCAAAGAGAUGUCCACCUUCGGCAACCUGCGUCCCUGCUUCUUCGCCUCCCCGACUCUGACCGCACAGUCCCCCCUAAAAUCCCACAUCUGCGAAGGCACCGACUUCACCGUCGUCCGUGAGCUGACGGGGGGCAUCUAUUUCGGCGAGCGACGCGAAGCCGACCCGGCCGACGGCGCCAACGAAUCCGCCGAGGACCGCGAGCCGUACUCGCGGCGGGAGAUUGAGCGCAUCACGCGCCUGGCGGCGCACCUGGCGCUGGCGAAGAACCCGCCCUCCAAGGUGUGGAGUCUGGACAAGGCGAACGUGCUGGCGACGAGCCGGCUGUGGCGCCGCGUCGUGAGCGAGGUCAUGGCCAACGAGUUCCCGCAGCUGGAGCUGGAGCACCAGCUGAUCGACAGCGCGGCCAUGAUCAUGGUCAAGAACCCGAGGCAGCUGAAUGGUAUUAUCGUCACGAGCAAUCUCUUUGGCGACAUUAUCAGCGACGAGGCCUCGGUUAUUCCGGGGAGUCUGGGGUUGUUGCCCAGUGCGAGUUUGAGUGGUGUGCCGGACGGCAAGGGCCUGUGUAAUGGUAUUUACGAGCCGAUUCAUGGCAGUGCGCCGGAUAUUGCGGGCAAGGGCGUCAUUAACCCUGUCGCGGCUAUCCUGAGUGUGGCGAUGAUGUUGUUGUACAGUCUCAACAUGCCUCAGGACAGUGUGCUGGUGGAGCAGGCGGUAAGGUUGGUGAUCGAGAAAGGGAUUACAACGAAGGAUAUUGGAGGGAGCAGUUCAACGCAGGAGGUGGGAGACGCGGUGGUCGAGGCACUGGAGACCCUUUACAAGCAGCUGUGA